GCGGGGAGCUGCGAGUUCCCAAGUGCAGAAGCCACUCCGCUCGGAGCAGUCAGUCAAAGCCCAGCUCGUCUGACCCUGCCCGUUUCUUUUCCCAGAGCAGGACCCCCAGGAGCGGAGCUAGAGAUGAUCUCCCACAUGGAUCGGAAGGAGGAACUGUGGUUCUCCCAUCUCCACGCCUACGAAGGGAAGACCGUUGUGAGUGGCACCUGUCCAGCUGAAGAUGGGAUUGUGAGCAAGAAAGAGGAGAAUGCCCACCAAGGCAUCCCCAGGCCAGUGGAGCCCGAGGGUUUACUCUCGGGAAUCUCCAAGGAGAACAGUUCCCAGAGUCCUGCACAGGACCCAGUCCGCCCACGCAGGUCAGAAAGGGUUCAGAGACCUCUGGGGAAGAGGCAAAGCCGAGUGACACUGCGUGGAAAAAGUUUCAGGAGGCUGCCAGAUAUUAUCCAGCAGAGAAAUCCUUCUGUGGGGAGACUGACGAUAUGUGGGGACUGCGGGAAGAGCUUCCGGGUGAGCUCCAACCUCAUCCAGCAUCGGAGAAUCCACACUGGAGAGAAACCCUUUGCCUGCGCCGAGUGUGGGGAGAGUUUCCGGCAGCGGUCACAUCUCGUCCAGCACCAGAGAAUCCACACAGGGGAAAGGCCCUACGAGUGCUCCGAGUGCGGGAAGAGCUUCAGCAUGAGCUCGAAGCUGAUCCGGCACCAGGUAACCCACACUGGGGAGAAGCCCUACAAGUGUGCCGAGUGCGGGAAGAGCUUCUCCGGCAACUCGCAGCUCGUCCAGCACCAGCGAGUGCACACCGGGGAGAAACCCUACGAGUGCAGCGACUGCGGGAAGAGCUUCAGCGUGAGCUCAGCCCUGACGCGACACCAGCGGGUCCACACCGGGGAGAAACCCUAUGAGUGCACGGAGUGUGGGAAGAGCUUCAGCCAGAGCUCCGAGCUCAUGAAGCACCAGCGGGUCCACACCGGGGAGAAGCCCUACGAGUGCUCCGAGUGCGGGAAGAGCUUCACCGUGAGUUCAGCCCUCAUCCAACACCGGCGGUUCCACAUGGGUGAGCGCCCCUACGGGUGCACCGAGUGUGGAAAGAGCUUCACCGUGAGCUCUCACCUCAUCCAGCACCGCCGCUUCCACACCGGGGAGCGCCCCUUUGAGUGCACCGAGUGCGGGAAGAGCUUCCUGUGGAGAUCAGCCCUGCUGCGGCACCACCGGGUCCACACGGGGGAGAGGCCCUACGCCUGUGCUGACUGUGGGUACAGCUUUCGGCAGAGCGCCCACCUCAUCCAGCACCGGCGCAUCCACACCGGGGAGCGUCCCUACGCCUGUGCCGACUGCGGGAAGGGCUUCACCGUGAGCUCUGCGCUCCUCCGGCACCAGCAGAUCCACAGGGGCGGGGAGCCCUAGGAGGGGAGAGUGUGGGGAGCAGUUAGGUCUGGUACCCUGUGAGCAUCCCCGGGGAGCAAAGCCCAGCGUCUCUCUCCCUCCGCUCUACCGACCGCCCUGCUUGCGGAGGGUGAGAGCAGUUUCUUUUUAGGAGAACAAGUCCUAAAAGAGAGAGGUGGGAGAAGG